AUCCUCAGAGAGAAAAAGACGCGCAGGGCGUUUUCUGACCGCACACGCGAUCGAUCUCAUGCACUCUCUGCAGCAUCACCGACGCGGCUCAUACGCGCGAGGAGUGCGACUCCACGAUGUACGGUAUGUAUUGGUCGAGUGGUGAAAAUGGAUGGCAUGAUGAUGAUGGUGAUGGUGGUGGUGGUGGUGGUGGUGAUGCUUCCUGGCCCCCGCUGGUGCUGGAGAUUGAUGACCGCUUGAGGGGUCUGACGUCACCCUUACACGUAUACUGUAUACUAGGUAUUUCCGCUUUCGUCCACCAAACGAGCAUUGGCAGUGGGGAGACAUUGGCAUUAGGGAGAAUUGGCCGCCCGUCUUCGUGUAAUGCCACAGGGGUCCUGGGCAAAAAAGGGAGUGCCUUUCCGGGAGAAAAAGAGGCAUUGAUUGGAAGUGGAGAAUGCUCGCAAAGGCCGGAGCAGAUGAACCCCUCAAGAGGAUGCGUUGCUCCUACUGCUGCUGAGACUUUAUCCUGCCUGGACGGAUGAUGUUCGAUCUGGCCUGAGAAUGGCCAUCUCGUCUCUGGUGGGGCAUUCCAAUCCCAACGCCCGUGGAGUAGAAGAGUGGGAAGGUAUAUAUGUGCGGGCCAUCGUACAGGAGGGACG